AUGGCUUGGAGAAGCGUUAAAAAAUUGGGAAAUAUCUUUAAUGAUGCUCGGUCUUCCUCAAAGAUCGUUAAAUCUCAAAAUACUGCCAUAUCUUCCCGUGACUCUUUAACUAAUGAUAACAAUCCGGUUUCUUCCUCAAAUAUUCAAGAUGCUGCCUAUAGUACGCGUUCGAGUUUAACUGAUAUUCAUAGUGAAUUACGUGAUGCGAGUGAGUUGCUUUAUCUUCAGCUGCCCGAAGAUGUUAAAUUGGUUUUGGAUAGAGUUCGGAAUUUACAGCGUGCUGAAAAUUCUGUCUUAUUUUAUGAUAAAAAAUUGCCGAAUGGUGAAUGUCAGGCUCUUUCUGUAAUACAUGAAAAUGUGGAAUGUCAUUAUGUUGGUCGUUCCGAUCAACCUCCACAUUCCCGUCAUCAUACCCGUCUUUCUCAUCAUUCUAAUUCAACCUUUCAUUCUGAGUCUGAGUCAUCUGAAUCAUCCUCGAAGAAUUCCUCAUUAGUAAAAGUUUUGGGUGCUUCUAGUCUCUUGACUAAGAUAGUCCGUUCUAUAUUAUCUCAUCAUCAUGAUGUCUUAAUGAAUUCAUUUACUGAUUCUACAACCUUGGACAAUUUUCAUUUGCUAUGUGAGCAAGUGUCUAAGGAGGCAAAGGAACUAGCCAAACAGAUAAAGAAAAUUACUAACCAAGGAAAAACAGAUGAGUUGGUGGAAUAUGAAGCGAAGCAAUCAAUAAAUGACUUAAAUGUGACGGCUGAUAGUUCAGAUCAUUUAAGUGGACACAGCACUGUGUCAUUUGAAAGGGAACAAUCUCUUCUAUCACAUAAAUUUAAUAUUAGCUCGUCAGCUUCUUCUUGGCGAUCGCAAAAUGAAAGUACUGAUACCGAUUUAUCCAUUACAUCCGCGGUUACUAUGCCAUUAAUGUAUACCAAAGAAAGAAAAUUCACCUCCUCGGAAACUACUUCUUUACACGAAUCUCGUUCUCGCAACCCCAUAUCUCCACUGUCAAAUAACCGUCUUUACCGCAAUAAUAUGGAUCUUUUUAUUGAUACUAAAAAUGAUCCAUCUUUUUUUUAUUCUGCUCCAAAUACUCCAAAUACUCUUAAUAGUAAUUGUAACAUUUCAUUGAAUCAUCGAAAUCGCAACAGCUAUUUACGUUUUAAUAACGAGCCUGUAUCACCUGCAUUGUCAGACUCAAGUAAAGGCUCUAAAUUUAAAGAAAUGCUAGACGAAUCUUCUUUUAAAACGUCUUUAGGAUUUAACAUUGAUCAAGAUACAAAAAAAAAUCGUACUAGAACCCAAUCAUUUAUAACUAGAUUUAUGUCUAAUGGUCGCCUAUCAAAAAAUUUGACUGAUUCUGAAAGAGAAAAUCAACCAAGACCACGUCGUGUUUCAAAUCCAAGCACAAAAUCUCAUUUCUUCAAACAUCUUCAUCUGCCUUCUCGUAAAGGUAAAGUUUCCGAAAAUACCGCCCGAACUACGAGUUAUUGGCCGGUAACUGAGGAUCCGAACAAAAGUCCCAGUCGUUUUUUCAGAACUCCUUCAUUAUCCGGUAAAC